CAGCUUUCGGUUCGAGGCUUGGCUCCAAGGACUGCUCUCUCAGCUGGUUCAUAGAUCCAAUCAUGAGUCUGUUGAUUCAUCAUACCAUGAGGCGUGGAAUUGACUGACUGAGAUGGUGGUGUUUCACACGAGGCCUGAGUGGCUGAAGUGGUUCAUCGACAACGUCAAGGAGCGCAAAGGUGACGCCCUCUCACGAGCCUUCACGCCGGAGCGAUGCCUCGACCAGCUAAGACGACUCACUGAGGUGCGGUACGCAGCCAGAGAGAGCGAUUUCUGCAUGCCUUCCCAUGCCACGCCACCCAUUCAAUGUGCUCUCUUGUUUGUCUGUAUCUGUCUGUGCAGAGGGAUGUUGGGCUCAUUUUGCGCGAGGUGGAACGGCAGAUGACGAAGCGCGUGAUGGAGGCUUUCAGCGCGCCCAUCCGGGCCUACUUCUCCAUGCUGGCGCACGUCGACUCCCCCACACAACUCGACACGGCAGUCAAGGAGGCCGUCGAGUGCGUCUAGUAAGUGGCGCUCACUGAGAUCGAACCAACUAACAGCGUGUGUGAUGACCUGUUGUGCUGUGCUGUGUUGUGUUGUGUUGUGUUGCGUGCGUCGUGUCAGCAAGUGGCUGGACAUCUACGAGCAGGCCGACGACGAUGGCUUCCUCAUCCCCACCCUUGUCAGGCUGGCAGCCACAGCCAGAAAAGUCGCACUCAAGGUCGGUCGGUCGGCCAGCGACUGACCACCUACCCACUCAGACAGACAGACAGACGCCCCCCCCUGCCCCCUCCCUCUAUGCGUGUGUGGUGGGUUCACUCAGGCGGAUCAGUAUUACAAGUUGGAGACUCAGGAUGAGACGGGCGAGGAGGGCCGCUACAUGGCUGAGGUGGUCGACAGGCUGCGGCGGGGGCUCAGCAAGGUCCCUCUCGACCGCAAGAGGGCCGGACACAUCGUCAUUACCACACAGCUCGUCAAGAGCAUGACACUCGUGAGAACGGCGCGCCAUGAAACAAAGUUGGUUGACAUGCAGUCAUAUGGAUGGAUGUCUGUCUGUAAUCAGGCCGACAACAUGACGGCCGCAGCUCAGCAGCUCAAACGAGACGUGCCAGAGUCAGUGAGUCGCAAAGCAGAGCCACAGCAGACAGACAGACUUUCGAUGCAUCGACCAGUGGGGUGGAUGUAUGGACCGCCCAUUGACAUUGAUGGACAGAUUGGACAGUCGAGUGCCCAAGGGCCCCAGCGUCGAGUACGCCUACUACGUCGGCAAGAUAUACCUCUGGAUGGGACGAACCAAAGAGGUCCGCUGUGCCGCACACACACAUCACAAGCAUAGCAGACCGACCGUAGCAUAUUGUGUGUGUGUGUGUGUGUGUGUGUGUGUCAGGCUGAGGAGCGGCUCACGUACGCGUGGCGGCGAUGCCGGUCGACCCACAUCAAAAACAACGGGUGGGCGUGUGGGCCUCUCUUCCUCCCCGACGAGUCGCGUUUGUCAUUCGUGGUGGUGUUUGUGUAUCUGGGACAUAACAGGAUCAUCCUCAAGUGUCUGCUGCUGGUGCGGGCCAACCUCGGCAGGCUGCCCAAGCCGGGCAUACUGCAACAACACGGGUAAGAGCGUGACUCUCCAUGUGAGAGCGAAUCUGUGUGAGUGUGGUGUGCAUAUGUAUGCAUCCAGGCAGCCGACGCUUGAGAGAGUGGCCGAGGCCGUGCGCAAGGGCAAUGUCCGCGAAUACAACGAAGGACUGGUCAGUCAGUCAGUCAGUCAAUCAACCUCAGGAAGAGCGACGACAGCUGCCACCGACGGAUGGAUGGAUGGAUGGGUGUGUGUGUAUUCAUUUCGACAGAAUGCGUUGGAGCGUGAGAGUCUGCGCGAUGGGACCUUCUUGAUGCUGGAGCACCUUCGCCCGCUCGUGCACAAGACACUCUGCAGACGCGUGUACCUGCUACACACCUUCUUAGACCAUCCAUCCAUCCAUCUGUUCAUUUCAUUGGUUCAUGCGUGUAGGUAUGCGUAUCACCGUCGGAGGUUAGUGGAGCGGCAGCAGAUGUCCGGUGGGCCGCCCCCCACAGCCAAGGAGAUGAACCAGAUGGACAUCGCCAUGUUCCACGCCGCAUUCGGCUGGCAAACAGACGACCCGGACUUCGAUGCUGAUGAGGUCCGUCGGUGGGAAGGGGGGGGUGGGGGUGGGGACGCAUGGGCAUCUGGAGGAAGGAAUGUGUGUGUGUGUGUGUGUGUGCAGAUGAUCGGCAUUCUGGCGAAUCUGAUCUACCUGGGGCACGUCAAGGUGCGGUGGGCGAAUGCAUCAAUCAGUGAAUGAAUGCAUGUCUGAUCUGAGUGAGUGAGUGUGUGCCUUUACAAUGUGCGUAAGGUCCUGUCUAUCUACCUAUCUGUCUGUCUGUCUGUCUGUUUGUGUGUUUGUGCCUAUAGGGCUACAUCUCGUAUGAGCACCAGAAGAGCGUCUUGGCGCCACAAGACCCGUUUCCAUAGCUAGCUGGGAAGGAGGAGGGGCAGCUUGGUCCGCAAGUCACAGGGGCGUCUGAUAUGGGGGCUUGGUGGGGGCAGGGGGCGGUGAGACGCCCAUCGCAUUCAAAGUCCGACCACAAUGCGUCUGGUGCCCAUGAAAGUAGCUUUUUGCACUGCUUUCCUUGCCUGCUUUUGGAGAGCGGCGUCCUCUCGUUUGUCACCGCCAAAGAAGGGUCAGCCACGAACGCUUGUUCUCCUGUUCGAUGGGACUUUGGUCGAUAGAGUCAAGGCCGAGAUUGAUGCAUCCCUCCAGGCGGCAGAAACCUCAGAACUUCCAGGGUGGCUCCUCUCCAAUGUGGGCCAAGUGUGGGAAAACAUCGAAAGGUAGGGAGAAAAUGCAUUAACACAUACUAGCGUAACGACAGGCAGAGUCUGACGGUCUCUCAUGAAAUGAACUGUGUCAAAGGUCGAAUCCAGACCUGAAGGUCAUCACGCAAUACUUUGGUGGCGUGGGCACCGAAAAGGUGAGGCUGACGUACAUACACCUUUUUACACGGUAUUGUAUGUCACGCAUGUGCCCACAGCUUUCGCUGACGCUUCCUGAAAGGCUCGGACUCAGUCGGCCAUCGGUGGGAGGCACCAUCGGACUCCCAUUGGCAAAACUGCGAGACAGCAUCUCUGCAGCAACCGGCCAUUCCCUCACUGACAGCGUCAUAGACGCGAUGCUUUGGCUGAAGGGAGUGAAGAUGACCAAAAAAGACCGCCUGUUUAUCUUUGGGUGAGUGAGUCGGCCCAGGAAAUUACAAGACACCACUCGUCUUUUCUCACUGAAUGCAGCUUCAGCCGAGGGACUCUUCAGGCGCGGCUGCUCCAAGGUGUGGAAGCACUUAUUCAGAGAAAGAGAGAGACUGAUGUAUAUAUACACAGGCCUCCUUUACACCUUUGGGCUGCCUACGACAUCUCGAGAAAUGGAGUAUCUGCGAGAAAACAAGCAUUCUCUCAUUCGAUGGUCGGCUUACACGGAACCUGAAGGGCUAGGCGCAGCGUACAUGGCGGACGAAAGCCGGAGGAGACCCGUGUGGUUCAUGGGGCUCUUUGACGCGGUAGCCGACACACUCACGCUAACAUACAACGCUUCAAGUGAGUGAGACAUGUCAAAAUGGAUGCACGGAAGAAACAUUUGGCGCUUGAGAGAUUCAGGUCUGGUUCUGCGCAUCGCUCCCACCACAAAGUUUGUACACCAUGCCCUCUCUCUGGAUGAAAUGCGAGGCACCUUCGAUGCCUUCCCUAUCUCCUUCGAACCGGAGGCGUACAAGACCAAAAUACAUUUCAACACAACCACAGCAACGGUCAUUACUAAGGGACAUCUGAGCAGCUCCCUCACUCGGAUACAUGCACCUCCAUUGGUUUCAUGAUGUCCACCUGUCCGCCUCUUCAGGAGCAACGUCCCUGCAUCGAGAAUGUGUGGUUCGCGGGCGAUCAUACAGACGUUGGCGGCGGAUCGACCGAGAAGAUCACGCUUUCGCAAUUGCCGCUCAGGUGAGCAGGGAGCCUGCAGCACACAUGACGGCAGGCCAUUACAAGACUUGCUUCUAGGUGGCCCGUCUCUUCUGUUUGCACAGCUGGAUGCUUCAAAAAGCCCAAUCCGCCGGUCUGGGCUGAAAAGGGUCAUGGCGCGACAUGUUUGCGCCGUACAAGGCCAUUCUCAAUGCACACGUACACGAUGAAUCUCAGAAGCAGCAAUGGAAGGUGAACAAGAAAAUCUACCCAUCCAUGCCAGACAGUGACGCUGUGCCUCUCGUCUGGUCAAUCAGAUAAUUUCGGUUGCCGCUUCCGCUCUCGCUCUUGUAUAUAAUGAUGCGGGACGAAUGGCCGCCGUGACGAAGCCGCGCGACGUAUUCCAAUGCGCCAAGAAAGGGCCGGAUGUGCUCGACAGACCCUUGUUGCAUCGAUCCGUGCUGGACCGUUUUCAUCUCAAGUGAGUACCCAAAAGUAUGAGUGUUCUCCUCUCGUGUGAACAGUGCUCUCUGCGUGUCUCUACAGUGGCGAGCUCCCCCGUUCAUUGUGCUGUCAGGUCAGUACCCUCGUCCGCUUUGUGAAGCUGCGGAGGCUCCCCAAGUAUCGGACGGCCGAGAGGACUACGAGAUUCAGCUCAGAAGCGUUGCGGGCGCUCUUGGACGCGGUAUGGAGAUGUAUUCGGUGUCGUUCACGGCUCCCGAUAACCUGCUGAAAGACGAAGGCUUGCCCCAUAACUUCCACGAUGGCAUAGACUACUCCCCGACCGCUGAUUCACCGACCUGUCGCCACCCUGACUUGCUGCAGAGCUGCUGCCUUGUGCUGCAUAUGCGCCCCACCUGUACUGUGGACGACCUGCACGACCUCAUGGGGAGAUACAAGAAAGCCCACAAGGAAUGCUCAGCCAUGGGUUUGAGUCCGUGAGUCCACGGAAGCAGCGAGAAAUUGCCGUGAAAACGAAGAGACUCUCGCUAUGGAGAUGAAACAAGUUUGUAAGUGUCGCCUGCCAUGUCCGGCACUGACUCACAUACAGAGAGAUGCACAUGGAAAUACGCAACGUCCGCAAUGCAGAGACAGAGACACGGGCCCCGCUCUACAGACCUGUGACACAGACCCGCCGCUACGCUGUCAGCUGUCCAUGGCAUAGCUGGCAUGAUUCAGUGUGCAGAACAGCACAGUGCAGCACACCGCAGCCCGCCUUCAUCAUUGGCUGGUCUUGCUCUCCGGAACGUCAAUCUCAUGCUCAGGCCCAGUCAGCCGAAUGACUCUUCAUCGGCGAGGAACGAACACACGAAGCUCCCCACCGCCGACGUGUAUGUCUGUUUGCCUCGCUGUCCGUGUGUGGUGUGUCUGUCAGAUCAUCCCUUUGAGCGAGUGUUGUAGCUA